CUUGGAGAGAGUGUUGUAAAUCUCUAGUUAUAAGUAUUCACAUUCAUAUCGAUUACCAAUCAGAAGGUAAAUCGACAUAAACUAUAUCCGCCAACCAAUCAAAUGAAGAAUAUAUAACACAUAAAACCGUCUAACUAUGGGAACGGUUAAUAGAUUUAUGAGCGUAAUCAAUCACUAGAACACGUACACUAGAACAACCAAUCAUAAUCAAGGUAAUUGAGACAAAUGAUUAUAGUACUUUUGUUAGAGUAUAUAUAUUGCUCAUUGUUUGUUUUAAUAUGUCACUGAGGGAAUUAAGCUACGUCAGAAGGAAUUAUAUAAUCCUGAGAGUAUAGUAUUGAUCUCCACUUCAAAUAUUUUGCUGAUUGGCUUUUUUCAUGAGUAUAAGUGAUAUUUAUAAUCUGUUCUAAAGUUCACAAUUGUAUAUAUGGGAAAGUAUAAAUAAAUAUUGUUUUCGCUCAACUAAACACUUUUCUAUAACUUAAUUCUUUCAAAGCUUUAUCUGCUCCAUCAGCUGAUACAUAUGCUUCUUCAGAAGUAAAUGUUGUUAUCCAGUCAUCUGAUGACACUCCUGGUCAAAGACAGACAAUUCAAGACACGAUUCAUCAUCAACUAAUGUAAUUUAUCAGUCGGAAUUCUCUGAAGUUUCUAAGAUACUUAAUAUCGAUUCUUGUUCAUCUAGUAACCUUGAAGAGAUUGACUACAUAGAAGAAAAGUUUGAUGAAGAGAAUGAAGUUGCCAUUUCAACAAAUCGAGAAGUAACUUGUUCAACUAAAGGGAACAAUGGUGAUAAUGCCGAUGUACAAUUGUGUCAGAGUGUAGAAGCUAAUUCCACUUUUAUUACUAUCAAUAACAUGGGUAAUGGAUUGAAUACUGAUGGGAAUCGACUUGUAUCACAUGGAUCCAAUAGCCCUAAUAAUAAAAAUGUGUGUACCUUACAUGGUUCUUCUGCAUGGUCUUUUGACUUCUGUCUGUCGACGAUGAUAACACCAUCAGCUGGUGAUGGUCAAACUUCGAGUCUUUCAGAAAAUGACUUAACUACUGAUUGCUUCGAUUUAUUACCAUUUGUCGAAUUCACCGGUCGACCAGGUAUUGCUUUACAUGAUUCUGUCAAUCGAAAGAAUCUCAAAACAAUUCUUGCACCUUUGCAGUUUGACAAUGUGUACUCUAUUCACGUUUCACCAGACGGAAAACUUAUUUGGUGUCUUGUUCCCCCGCGUAAUCUGUCAACUAAUAACCACCAAAACAACCUUGCAACUAAUAAUGUUAGUAAUAAUGAUAACUGCAAAUCCUUCUCCGUUGAUGUAUGCCUCGAAUCUGGUGGCUUAAAAAGUCUCCUAAAAGCAUGGGAUUCCAACGAAAUUGGCCAAUGGGAAUUCAAUGUUCUGUUACAGAUAACAAGCGUUGAUUUGAGUAAUACAUAUGCUGUUUUUUCCACAUCAUCCGGGCAUUUAAAGAUCCAAACUGGCUUGUCCUCGAAGAGACCGUAUAAUCAGUCAUAUACCUGGCCAUGCCCUGGCUACCACAUUCUACAAGUGGCCACUUGUCUUUCUGGUCUCGUGUGGUGUUUAGCUAUCAAGCAGUUAAAUGAUGAAACAGAAUCACUACCGUCUAACGAUGAUGGAUUCGUCUUACUAAGUUCCACUCUACCUGUGUCUAUUACUCACCGAAACACAUUUCCUCAAGUAAAAUCAGUCUCUAAUACUACUACUACUACUAGUGUUGUGGACCAAUUGAAACAGUUAAAAUGGUCAACUUGUUUCACAUUACCUUCAUUGCUUAGCAGAUCAUUAUUUGAACGAUUUAUUUCAGCUGGGAACUUGUUAACCCUUUCUGAUUUAACCUCAGCUGUAAACUUUGAACUUCAGAUUGUGUUAAUUAGUCAGAAAGAAAAAAUGUCGAUGGAUAAGAAAGACAAUAAUUCCCUUAUCGAUUGUAAAUAUCAUUCUAUAACUGGUUGGAUUCUAGUUACAUAUCACUCACAAGAGAGUAAGGCGUAUAAUAAUAGCAAUAUUCAUUCAUCAAAUGGUUUUAUUCAGAUGAUUAUUGAGACAGAAGGGGAUUAUGAGCUAGUAACUGAUUGGAAUCAGUUCACGAUUAGUGAAAUAAGUUGCAGUGGUUCUGCAAUGAACAAAAGUGGCUUCAGCGAUUUCAUUAUGAAGCAUAUUUCACCUAAACCGAAAGAUCUUAUCACUUACUCAGUUCCAUUAAUUCGUUAUACUCAUUCAAUUAUCAAAAACAAAGACCAUAUUAAUGAUGACAAUGAAAGUAAACCUAAUCAAUUAAUUUUCAAUCAACCAAUGAGAAUCACUUUACAACAAUCUUGGAAUAAGACUACAGUUGUUAUGCAACCAAUUAAAUCAUCCUCUUGCCUAUCCACAUAUCAAUGGCAACAACAUCAUUAUGUGUUACCAGAGUUUGGAAAUGCUAAUAAUUUACUCAUUAUGCACACCUUCUCUACACUAAAUCGUAAUAGUAAUAACAACAAUAAUAAUGUAUUUAUAAAGUCCUUGUGGAUACCUGAUAGAAGAAGUUUAACAAAUCGUGGUAUUAAGUGUUACGCAGAGACACAGGUGAAAUCAGUCAUCGAUUUAUUUAUACCUUAUCCAAACGAAAAUGAUCAAAAUGAGAAGCUUACUGUUAGUGCAAUGUGUACACUGGCGAAUGAAUUAUUAUCAAGUGGUGACUAUCCAUUACAGUUGUUCAUUGCAUUCACAAAUGGUUUAUUCAUGAGUCGUAUCGGUGUGUCAAAUCAAAAUCCAAUUGGAACGCGUUGGUUAACUUUGAGUUGUCCAGAUCUUUGGAAAAAUAAGGAUUUGAAUACCAAUCCAACAGUUAUCACCUACUUCACAUCACUGUCUUGCAUUAAGAUGAAAUUAUGGGCUACAGAUAGUCAAGGUCGUUUGUUUUCAUCGAAAUUACUUCUGAAUAACAAUACUACUAAUAAGGAUGAUUCUUAUUGGGAGGCAUUAACAUGGAAUUUGGAUUCUACGUCUGACAAUGAUCCUAGUAGUCAACUUCAAUCAAUUUACUUUACAUCCAUAAAUGGAGCAAGUUGGGAAUUUUACGGUUUAGGUACAUGUUUAUGGUCUAUUGGUGGUAUUUGUUGUCCACUUCAAAAAUCAAAUAUUGAUAAUAAUCCCUUUGAAUUCUUAACUAAUAUAAGAUAUGAAUUUCAAAAACAAAUCAGUAUGAAUUCAAUUAAUCAUCAAUCUGUUUAUGUACGAUGUUUUAAAGAAGAUUGUAACCCAGAUAAAUGUUUCUAUUGGUUGCAUGUACCCUCACCACCAUGUAAAAGUAUCCAUGUGAGCAAUAAUGGUGUAUGGUUGUUAUCAUCCACUUAUCCAUCACAAAUUUAUUAUCGUAUUGGAUUACCAAUGAAUCAAUAUGAUAAUAAUAAUUCUAAUAUUAAUUAUACUGAUCCAUUACCUGCACCAAAAAAUUAUCAUAUUGGUUAUGCUUGGCAGUCGAUUGCCUCUCCUAGUGUAUUCGACUAUCAUUCUUUAAAUCUAGCUGCUAUUUAUAUACCAUUUUCUACGGAUUUCAUUAUACAGUUUAAGAAUUCUGAUGUCUUCUCUGCAAAUUCCUCAUCUUCUAAACAAUCAACAUCAAUACCAGCAUGUUAUUCAUUAAAAUCUUAUCACUAUCCAAUUAUAUUGUAUGCUUUGACAGAUACGGGAUUAUUUCUUAGUCUAUCUUCUGGUCCUAUCGUUAAAUUCAAUGCAUAUUGUAAUAGUAGUAUAGAUGAGAAUGUUGAAUCAACUCAACUAUUGUUGUCUACCUGUAAUAUACACGAUAGUGAACAUAAUGAAUUAAUUAUAAUAGGAUCGAAAUCCAAUUCAUUGACAUCAUGAAUAUAAAACUGUUAUAUUUAAAUAGGCAAGUUAUAUGUAUCAUUGAAAAUGUCAAAGUGAAAGACGUAUACAUUGUUUAUUUAGAACAAUUUCCUUUCCAACACUUCUUACUUCUUUCACUAUAAUAUACCAUAGAUAAAUAAAUCUGUGAUAUCCUAUUGAUCUCUAGUCAAUAUUGAUUUUUUCCGUUGGUUCUUUAGUGUCUUACAUUUUCAUCUUCCUUAAAUAAAUGUACACGAGAGUAGGUUUUUAAUGUAUGUACUCUAAUGAUUCCAGAUGAAAGCUUUUUUCACCUUUUUAACAUCUGACUACUGUUAGUAGUAUAAAAAUAACAUAGUAAAAUUUCGUAAUUUGCAUAAUGUCCAUGUUUGUUUUCGAAUAUUCUGAAAAUCUUCUAAUUUAUAUAAUAAUACAUGUUUUUUUUAUUUGUAUAUUCACUCAUCAGCUUAUUUUCUAUGUCAUUAGCUUGAAAUUCGAUGAGGUAUGUGGAAAAUUCGUUUUAAGUGUCUUUGUAAACAUGUUGCCUCAUCCCCUCAGUGUAUACAUACAUUUUGCAUAUUUUCAUAAUUCGGACGAUUAUUUGUUUAAAAUUUCAUUUCAAAAAAAAAAUUUUUUUUAUCGCGUUUAUGUUAUUGAGUGGUAUAUUAUCGUAAUCGAUGAAAUUUGUCGUGUAUUUGAUAUUGUUCAGAUUAAACAAAACUCUUCGUAUCAAAUUGUUUCGAAUGUAUUAUUAGGAAUGAAAUACAUUGGCUUACUAGAUGUUUCCUGUCACCUGAAUUGUCAGUCAGUCAUCUAGAAAGAAUUCCUUCUUUUAUGUUAACAUUCUAUCUCUAUGUCAGAAGCUUAACUAUUCAAAUUGAUGCUCCUCACUACAAUACAGUUCUUUGUUACUGAACUGUAGUGUCAAAUAGAAGUUCAUUUGAAUAACUUUCGUUAUCAGUAUCGGUUGUUUUGUUAUCCGU